GAACGCACGGAGAGGGACUUUCGAGCGCCUCGGGCCGAAGCCGCUGCUGGCCGAGAAACCGCCAUGAAGUUUCGCGCCAAGAUCGUGGACCUGGCUUGUCUGAAUCACUUCACACGUGAGCUGGCAGGGCUGCGGGGAGCGAGCGGAGAGUGCGGCUGCAGCCCUGAGUCAGUAACAUGAUAGCCAAACUUGCCAAAACCUUUACCCUCCGCAUCAGCCCGGAGAAGCUGAAUUUCAUCCUUUCGGACAAGCUGGCCAGUGGUGGGGUGAGCAUGUGGUGUGAGCUGGAACAGGAGAACAUUUUUAGUGAAUUUCAGAUGGAAGGAGUCUCUGCAGAAAACAAUGAGAUUUAUUUAGAAUUAACGUCAGAAAACUUAUCUAGAGCCUUGAAGACUGCCCAGAACGCCAGAGCCUUGAAAAUCAAGCUGACUAACAAACACUUUCCCUGUCUUACGGUGUCUGUAGAGCUGCAGUUGUCCUCAUCCAGCAGUAGUAGAAUUGUGACCCAUGAUAUCCCCAUAAAGGUGAUUCCUAGAAGAUUGUGGAAAGACUUACAAGAACCCUCUGUCCCAGACUCGGAUGUCAGUAUUUAUCUACCAGCCUUGAAGACAAUGAAGAGUGUUGUGGAGAAAAUGAAAAAUAUCAGCAAUCAUCUGGUUAUUGAAGCAAACCUAAAUGGAGAUCUGAACCUAAAGAUAGAAACUGAGUUGGUAUGUGUGACAACUCACUUUAAGGAUCUUGGAAACCCUAUAUUACCCUCUGAGAGCGUCUCUCAAAACAGACACCCAGAAGACAUGGUCGAGGUGCACAUCGACAUAAGGAAACUCCUCCAGUUCCUUGCAGGACAGCAAGUGACUCCCACUAAGGCUGUGUGUAAUAUUGUGAGUAACAGGAUUGUUCAUUUCGAUUUGCUUCUGGAUGACAUCUCCCUUCAGUAUUUCAUCCCAGCCUUGUCCUAGCACCAUCUCAGCAGACUUCGGAGCACAGAGACCUCUGUCGUGAUGAGAGAAGCCCUGGAUGGUGUGCAGGGCAGCUGCCCGUCCUCAGUCCUCACAACACCACAGGCUUGCACUCUGCUCUUUCUCUCCAUGCUGGCAUAGGUACAAGUGGAAUUAAUGAAGCAGAGUUAGAUAAUCAUUCCUUCAUAUUUCUCAAGACCAGCACUUGUCCCCUUAUCCCAUGGAUCUAAGACAUGAAGAAGAAAAGACGGAAUUUUUUUUAAGGGUCUUUUGUUGUUUUGUUUUCCUUUGGUGUUAGAGAUGAGAUCAGGGCCUUCUCUGUGCUAAGCAUGUGCUCUGCCACUGAGUUGCUCCCUAGCCCAUCUAAAGUGUGAGUAGUAGUUUGUCACUGAUGUUUCAAGCUCAUCGUGUGUAUAGCAUUGGUGUUGCAGUCAGAAUUCACAGCAAUACUACUCAGCUAGUUCCCAGCUUCGUCCCUGAAAUGCUGCAGUUGUCUGCUUUCAGAAUUUCAGCAUGCUCAUCUCUCCCAACCGCCAUGUCUGAGAGCUCAGUGCAAACCAUGCAACCCCUCUGUCCCUGGCAGCAUGCCUGGUUUCUCACCAAUACAGCUACAACAUGUGGAACCUUGCCCAACUUACUGAAGGUUCAAGUUCACUUCCUUCUCACUGCCUGAAGAACCUCUCAGCCUGGGGAACCUGCAGAAUUUCACAGCCUGGGGAACCUGUAGAGCCUCACAGCCUGAGGAACUUGCAGAACCUCUCCUCUCAACCUGGGGAACCUGCCGCUAGGGAGCCUGAGAUCCUGAAAACUAGCAACCAGUUUCCAUCUUGAACUUCUCCUUCUGUAUACUUUUCUCUUGAGCCCACUUUGAUUUUAAGUUAUAACUUAUUUUACUUUUUUGUAGUGCUCAGGAUCAAAUCCAGGAAUGGAAACAUGUUAGACAGACAAGCCCUCUAUGCCAGACUAUAUCCCUAGUCAUCUAAAUCAUAAUUUUGUAUAAUUCUUCCACAGUUUCAGAGUCACCUUUCUCUUAAGCACAUUGUGUUUUUGCAUAAAGCAGCUGAAGCUUGGCCAUCAUAGGCAAGGCUGUGUUCUGCUCCUGUUUUGGAGCUGCCUCACCCUGGAAGUUGUACUUCCUCCCAAAACACCCUAGCAGGCUUCCUGAUUUAACUAGGUGUCAGGUGUCCCAUGAAGUGGUAUCAGAAACUGUUUCCAUGUCAGAGUUAAGAUCUAAGUUGCUAGGAUAAGAUUUUAAAAAGGCGUGUGGGGUAUUUAGGGAAAGUAUUGUUUCUUAAGCGCUGCUAGGAUAAUAUAUUUGCUGCUGUUUCAGUUUUUAUUAGACAGGUUCUCGUGUAGUUUAAGGUGGCCUUAGAUGAGCUGGAGCUAAUAUUGGCCUUGAACUGCUGAGCCUCCUACUCCCCAGGUGUUUAGAUGACAGAUAUGCGCCGCCAUGUCUCUAGCUCUACUGAUAUUUAAUAAGAUAGAUUUAGUUAAACUAACAUUUUAAAAUUAGGGAUUUUUUUACAUUGUUAAAGCAUUUCUUCGGUUCAUAAUGAGAGGCAGUCCAGGUGCCAUGAUAUAGCCUCAAAAUCAUGAUGCAAAUGAAUGUUCAGGAAGUUCCCUAUGAAGCUUCUUUUUCUGUCCAAGUGUCAGUGCUCACUUGUCUCUGAGGUCCCCACUGUGCCACAUGCUGUUGGUGAUGACUUUGCUUAGUAACUUAACAUGGGCGAGAAGAAGCCCUCACUGGCAGUCAGGGGGCUGUGGUCUUUCUGGUUCUUGUCACAACUUUCUGCAUAGUGUUCAUAGCUGUAUCUCACAGAUCUGAAGUCAAAGCAGGGAGCUCAGAGCGGGGUUAUGGGAAUUUGGAGCUACUUUGUGGAACCUCGUCCUGAGGUGAGAGCAGAGUUUUGCUAUGUAUAGAAGGAGCAUGGUGUCUGAGACUUGGAGGCAUUUCCCCUUACUCUGAUUGCCUAAGAAUGCUUUCCUGAAUGUUAGAACCAGUGAGGUACCCCCUGACCUUGCCUGCCAGAGCUCAGAACCCACAUCCCUGGUAACCAUGCCUUGAACUGAGAUUUAAGACCAGCCUAACAACAUGUCAAAAAUGCAGAAUUCUUAAUGUAGCCAUUUUUGCCAAUGUCCAAGCAGCCUUUUUAAUCCUGUGGGCAUCCCCUGGUCCAGCAAGGACCUUCCUACCCAUCAGGUCUCCAGACUGAGUGUGUCCUGCCCUGCAUCCUGCUACAAAGAAGCCUGCUCUUGGAAGCCUGAAAGGCGGUUCAACAUUAGUUUUGACUUGAGGCAGGAAUACUGGUUCUUCUACCAGAUGCAGUGGCCGAUGACAUAUCGGUAAAUGUCACCCAGUUGGUCAAGUGUCUGUUGUUUUUAAGAGACAAAAUUCUGUACUUUUUUAUUUUAAAGACAUUGGGAUAUCAAAGUGCACAGCCUAGAGGUUCUUUCUUGAUGGUUCAGUCACGUAGUCACCCCACCUUUCACUCUGUGCUUUCCUCCUGGACUACUUAUUCUUUCCUCUCUGUUUCCAUUCUUAGUGGUUCUGGACAGCUUUCUAAACUCCUCCCCAGGUGCCCAGGCCUCUGGUAAUGACCAUCCUUUACUUUUGCUGUGAGGGCCCAAUGUGAGGUUCUUGACUCUUGUGGUUCUGUAUCAGUGUUUGUAUAUUGAGUACAUGCAUACCUUAGCCUUCACAGCAUGGCUUUGCCCAUGGCCAUCUUUGUAUAGUGAGUCUGUCUAGAAAUUCUGUAUGGCCUGCACGCGCUGCAACCAUUGCAAAGCUUGAUGGCAUUGCCAUUUCCACGAGGGUGGACUUCUGCAUUCAGACUUUGAUGGCAGUGAGGCUCAUCCCCCCCCCCUUUUUUUUCCCUUUUAAUGGCCCUGAGUAGUCUAGCUCUGCUCUGCUCACAUUGUCCCAUGUGAAGAUACCAGACCCAAGCAAGUCUCUUACAAAGUCUCAGAAUGUGGGGGAGCAAAAUGUCCAGCUCCCACCUAUUUUUUCCACUGUAGAAUCAAAUACAGGGACUUUCUCCAUGUGUGGUCCUGUGACCUUGGUAGAGCAGUCUUAGAGUUACCCUGUCUUUCUGCUCAUGGUUUUGCAUUUCUCUGUGGCCCAGUGGGUACCACAACUUCACUUUGGCAUUCAGGGGAUUCAGGGUGAUGACCUUGCUCUAGUUGGAUUAUGUGACAACAUGGAGAAGUCCUAGAUUUCUGCUCCGCCAUUUUACUAAUCCCACACUCCAACUCUGUGCUUCUGUGUGGAUUCUGAUGGGGAAUCUCAAAGGGAGCCUGGGCUUGUGGGUUUUCUCUAAGCAGUGUUCAACUAGGAGGUGAUAAAUUAGGGUCACUUGCACAUUAGGGAGUGUGCAUGCAGUUUGCAGUGGGAAAACUUGAAAGUGCUCCCUUUGAUUAAUACUUAUGCUCGUAAGACUUCUUACACAGGUUAUAGUCAAAGCUGAGCACUGUUCUAAAUUAAGGAUUUCUUAACGUGAAUGACUGGGGAAUUGGCAGGUGAUCUCAUCUGUGUGAUGCAAUGUCAUUUCCUAAUGCUGCAGGACAAAGCACUACAUGUAUGGUAGCAAAGCCAGUGGGAUGUUGGUGUUCAGUAGGGCAGAGAAGGCCAGGGAGUGGACAUCUAAACCCGCUAGCUCUGGGCGGUUUUUAUUUCAGUGUUUUUAUAUGUGUAUGUUUUCUGGCAAUUUUGUAACCAACUUUGUAAUGAAAAUAUUUUUAUAGACUUAAAUAAAUAUUUAUUAUUUGA